AUGGCUUGCGAUGCAUUACAAGCUCAAUUUAUUGGUAAUAAUAAUGUUUUACCUACUUAUGGACAAAAUUUACUUCAAUAUAUUGAAGAAAAUAAUUUAGAUACUAGUCAAUUUCUUACUUUUAUAUCUGAAUUUGCAUCUGCUACAAUAACAAGUUUAAAUAAUCGUUUUCCAAAUCGGGAACUUUAUGAAGCUAUAAAAAUAUAUGAUCCAAAACAGUUACUAAUAUCUAAUAGUGAUUUAGCAAACUAUAGUAAUGAGGUGAUUAAUAUUCUUAGUAAUUUUUAUAGAACAGAAAAAAUUAUAAAUAAUCAACAAUUUAUACCACCAUUAGAAAAAAAAGAUUUAAUUAAUGAGUGGGGAAUGGUUAAAUUUUUUCUUAAAAAUUAUCGUUCUAUUAAAUUUGUUGAUACAUGGAACUUUAUUUUUUCACAAACUACAUUUAUUUAUGAUUUUCCAGCUACUUCUACUUUAAUUCAAAUUGCUUUACUUAUUCCUGUUUCUAAUACAACUAUUGAACGUGUUUUUUCUUAUCAAAAACUUAUUAAAACUCGACUUCGUAAUCAAAUGAAUAUUGAAACACUUAAUCAUCAUUUAAUGAUAGCUUUAAACAGACCAUCUAUUGAAUUAUUUGAUUUUGAAAAGGCUUAUGAUUAUUGGUAUACAAAAGAACGACGAAUUUAA